AUGGCUCAACCUCAACCGAUAAUGUAUGGAUACCAGAAUUUCGCUCCACCGAGCGCGCAAAUUCAGCACGGACCACGUCGCGAGUCGCGAGACGUGAUGCGAAUUGAAGACCUUAUCAUUCACGAGUCUCAACCGCUCAGCCCUCAAACGGCAGCGACAUACAAUGCGCCGGAUAGUCAAUCAUCGUCGCGCCGCAACAGUGCUGCGCGAACCAGGAAGCGAACAUGUCCUCGCGAUGCGGCCCUCCUCGAGUUAUUCUACCAGAAGAACCACAAUCCUGAUAAAGAUCAGCGGAUGAUUCUUCUUUAUGAGACCGAAAUGCGCUUGUCGGAGAAAGAACUUCAAAUAUGGUUUCAGAAUCGCAGGCAGAGAGAUCGUGUUCGCCAAAAGGCGAAUCCAAAGGAGGUGUUUACCUUAUCGGAGACGAAACGGUCGGAUCGUAGACACAUCUGGCAGAGGAGCGCGAACAGGAGGACGGUGCUCGUGCCAGAAGGCCCGUGGCUCAUGUUCGAUUUCAGCCUGAACAAGCAGCACAAGAACCCAGUCACGUGA